AUGGAUGAUUUUGUGCGAAACAAACUGACUGAAUGGAAACUAAGUGACUGGAUUGAGGCAUUUGAAGAAACAGAAAUACUGUCUGAUGUCAAAGACAUAAUGAGACGUGUCAGUGAAGGACUACAUGGCCGUGACAAGCUCAGCGCUUUCCUAAAGGAUAAAAUCAAGGAUUUGGAGACAGAAAAGAGGCACCUGGUUGGUGUCUUUGGUAAAACUGGGGCUGGAAAGAGCUCUUUAAUCAAUGCCAUCAUUAAUAAUGAGGGCCUGUUGCCUUCUGGAAGUGUCAGUGCAUGUACCUCAGUAAUGAUAAAGGUGGAGGCAACCAAUGGAUCAAAGUAUGAGGCACACAUCGAGUUCAUUACAAAAGAGGAUUGGAAAAGUGAGUUGAAGUCACUAAAAGAGGUUCUUGAAGACAACGACGACGAUGAUGAUGAUGAUGAUGAUGAUGAUGGUGGUGGUGGUGGUGGUGGUGGUGGUAAUGAUGAUUUACUUGAUCCUGAUGGAAAGUUAUCAGCGCUGUAUGGAGAAGAGUGGAAAGAAAGAUCCACUCACAGCCUCAUGGACAACAAAUAUUUCAGAGAUAUUCCAGAGUUUCGAACAUCCAAGACAAAAAUUUUGAAAAGUGACUCAGCAGAAGGGUUGUCUGAAGAAUUUGUGAAAUAUACAAGAAGUGAGUCAAAUGAGAGCGAAGAAGUAAAGAGGUGGUACUGGCCGCUUGUGAAGUGUGUGACUGUCAAAGUGCCAGACAAUGAUUUUCUUGAUCACGUCACACUUGUGGACCUUCCUGGAAAUGGUGACUCUAACAGAAGCAGGGAUAGAAUGUGGACAGGGUUUGUUGCCAGUUGUUCAACUGUGUGGAUUGUGACUGAAAUGAAUCGAGCAGCAUCAGAAAAAGAAGCCUGGGACAUCCUGGAAAAUGCCAGUAGCCUGCUGGGAAAUGGUGGCGAGUGUCAGCAAAUUCAUUUUAUCUGCACCAAGUCAGAUCAUGAAAAACCAGAUGAUAUAAAGAAAAUUAAGAGUGCAGUGAUGAAUGAAUUCAAAUGGCGGAAAUUAAUUAAGAAUCAUUUCAGUGAGGAUUGUUUCAAAGUCUUCACAGUGAGCUCCACAGAGUUCCUCAAAGGGGAGAAUGUAAAUCCAGAUGUCAAUGAAAUACUGAAACUUAAGGAAAUUUUGAAAAAUCUGAAUGACACUCAUUCAGAGACAUUAAACUAUGUGUCUGGAGCUUAUGGGAUUCUGUCUUUGAUUCAAGGAGCCAAAAGAAGAGAAGUGGUUGAACAAAAAAACGAUCUGUAUGAUCUCCUUGAGGGAAAGUUGUUCAUCCAACUUAAACAAGUCAAAAAAGCAAUUGAAAAAAUUAUAAAAGCUUUUGAACGACGCCUAAGUGAGGGAGUUGAAAAAUCCCAAAAUUUAUGUGAAAAAAAAUUGAAGUCCUUCUUAUACCCCAGUAAAAUGAGUGACGGAGCUUUUCACAGGACACUAAAGUCUGCAUUUAGGAAUGAUGGGAUCCAGAAACCAAAAAAAGGAAAACCAAAAAACCUCAACAUGACUUUAGCAUCUUAUUUGACUGAAAGCAUUGAUGAAAAAUUCAGAAAGACCUUCCCAAACGACGUAAAAUGUGGACAUUUCAAUGGAGCCAUCAAUGCGUUUUCACUCAGCACUGAUUCACUGAUUGAAAAGUACAAAGAUGUUGAACUGCAUUUGAUAUUUCUCCAGACAGAGGAAAAGAAAGUAAAGGCAAAGCUCAACAAAACCAUCCUCACACAAAAGAAAUUGAUCUACAACAGUCUGACAGAGACAAUCAAGGAUAAUAUGAAAGAAUGCUAUAGAGAAGCAGCAGCAUUUGAAGGACGAGGCACCCUGAAGAAGAUGAGACACACUAUUGAAAGGCACGUGCACUCAAAGAAGUACAUGUUUGAAGAGGCAAAAAAUGCUAUGUUGGAGCAGUUGAGCGAUUUGAAGGCAUCCAGAGACGGCACCGGAACUCAGUAG